AGCAGCAGAGAUAUCGCUUCAGCUCAGUUUCGGGUGAAAGCUAGAGGGGGAAGAAUCACAUUUGUUUUGAGCUCUUACUAGAAGAAACGUGGCUGCGUCUGCUUUCUAUACUUGAAAAGGGAGGAAAAAUGAACUCUGGGUAUGAGAGCCUUCAUGACAGCUACGUUCCAAACAAAAGGAGGUCGACCAGCUGCAUAGCAUUAGCUGUGGUUUUGGGCUGUCUGACGGUCCUCGGGGUUCUGCUUGCCAUCGCCGUGCUGGAGAGACCGCCAGCCCCCAAAGACCAUGAGACGCUUCCACAGGACGCUGGUGGGAGUAACAGCUCUGUUGACCAGUGCAGUAUGACCCUUGUGGAGAGCAUUCCUCAACAUAUGAAAUUUAAAGCCAACGUAACGCUCGGGAUCCCACUGGUGGAGGCCUGGAAAGAUCUUAUCUCCGUGGCAACGCACCAAGUGGACGUGGCCUCUUUCUACUGGACGUUAACUGGGGAAGACAUCAACGUUAACUCUUCCUCUGACAAGCCUGGAAGAGACAUCCUGAAGGAACUCGGAGAGCUGCCCUCCAGGAACGUGUCCGUCCGAGUGGUGACCAGCGUUCCCACAGUCAGGACAAACUCCACCGAUUUAGAGAUCUUAAAGCAGAAAGGAGUUGAGGUGAGGAGGGUGAACUUUGGGCGCCUGACGAAAGGCGUCCUCCACAGCAAGUUCUGGAUCGUAGACAGAAAACACGUGUUUAUUGGAAGCGCCAACAUGGACUGGAGGGCUCUAACACAGGUGAAGGAACUGGGGGUGGUGGUGUACAACUGUUCCAGUCUGGCAAAGGACCUCCAUAAGAUCUUCGAGUCCUACUGGGUGAUGGGCCAGUCCAACAGCUCCCUGCCUCAGCCCUGGCCUGCCAAGUAUGACACCACCAUCAACAAACAUCACCCCCUGCUGGUGAAAGAAGACAACGUCUCCAGCAGCCUGUACCUCUCAGCGUCUCCACCCUCGUUCUGUCCUCCGUCGAGGACUCAGGACCUGGAGGCUAUCCUCUCCAUCAUCUCAGAGGCUCAGCACUUUGUUGAUGUUGCUGUCAUGGAGUAUUUCCCCAUCACACGCUUUGACCAUCCUCAGAGAUACUGGUCCGUCAUCGACGAUGCCAUCAGGACGGCGGCGUUCGAGAGGAAGGUGAAGUUCAGGAUGCUGAUCAGCUGCGGGAGAGACUCUGAUCCUGCCAUGCUGCCUUUCCUUCAGUCUCUGGCCUCCAUGGACUUUCCUCAGCGUCACGUCAGCAUCCAGAUAAAGCUGUACAUAGUGCCUGUGGGAAACCAGUCUGACAUUCCAUAUUCCAGAGUCAACCAUAAUAAAUUCAUGGUGACUGAUGAAGUCGCCUACAUCGGUACCUCCAACUGGUCAGGGGACUACUUUCUGACCACAGCUGGAGUGGGUCUGGUGAUUUCCCAGCAUGCUCCUCACCCCGCACAGCAGAAUGAAACCCUGCACAGCCAGCUCAAGGCGGUGUUUGACAGAGACUGGCACUCAGAGUUUGCUGUGCACCUCUCUGAUCUGGGCCACAAUCCAGACUGUGCAUUAUCCAGAUGACUGAAACUGUUUCACUGAAGUUACACAGAAAUGUAUUUUAUUGUCAGAGCUGUUUCAAACCACUGUAUGUUGUUGUUUGUAAUAAUUUUGAAUAUACCUUCACUAUGAAGGUUUACUGAAUUAGCCGUGUGGUUUUCAAGGAAUGACAACUGAAUAUAUUGUACAAUGAUUAAAUAUGCACCACUAAUGUACUUUAUAAUGUUAUGUUAAUUAUAUGUCGUCAUCUGUGAGAUUUUUGUAAACCAGGUCAAUAAUAAAUGAGUCACUGUGUCACUCGCUGGCUGUGACAGCAUGUGUUGAGUGCUGAAA